AUGGUUUUUCCUACUAGCCAAGAACCGCAUCCAAAGAAGAGUGCUAAAGAAAGGCUUUCAUGGUCUGGUAAGAAGAAACAGAGUCAUGAUACCUCCUCAAGCCAGGUCUGGAGACAAAAGAAGAGUACUGAGGAGAGUAAAACAGGUGGAUGUAGUUCGAAAAGCUCUGGAGACUCCAUUCUCUCACCAAAUAAAAGAAGAAGAUUGAGCCGCAGUGACGAAAGACUGAAGAAGAAAGUUCGGGUGGGAGAAGGAGCAGAGGUUCAAUCUCCACCUUCUGGUUCAGUGUUUGAGAGGUUGGGAACACCUUCAAUAGGUUCUGGACCAAGAAAAGGUAGUGUAAGCAAGUAG